AUGAUGUCUAAGUUCACUGGCAAGGGCUUUAUGGAUGACCCAAGUUUGUCAGACAGAGAGCGCCUCGAUGCAUUUCGUUCAUCGAUUGAGUCGGCGACUUCGAGAGCAGAUCUUGACCAGGUCCUGAUGAAUCGACUCAUUGUCGCCUUUGCAGAGAAAAUGGGCUGCAAAACCAUUCUAUGGGGAGAUUCGGACAGUCGACUAGCUGCGAAAACCCUCGCCAAUGUUGCCAAAGGGCGUGGUUCUUCGUUGAUCUGGCAAGUGUCUGACGGGAUGUCUCCGUUUGGGUUGGAAUUCGCCUUUCCGCUGCGAGACCUGUUUACAAUAGAACUGCGUAAUUAUGCAGGCCUUUUCCCUGAACUUUCACGUUUGAUCCUCCCAGAUGAACUGCCCUCGGAAACCACACUUACCAAGAACCUGUCUAUUGAUGAGCUGAUGAUGCGCUAUGUCCUAACUCAGGGCGAGAAGUAUCCUGGCAUCAUGUUAAAUGUGACGAGAACGGCGAGCAAGCUUCAGUCCUCCGAAGAGCUCACCGAUCUGUCUCAAGUCAAAGCUCUCAAUUCUGCUAUGCAUGCACUCGGUCUCGUCCUGAUCUAG